UUUAGGAAACUUUUUAUGUAGUAGGUGGGUAUCAAUCAUCUUCUUCUAGGGUUCUUAUUUAGCUAUGGAGGUCAUCUGCAUUUGCUGUUCCCCGCCAAAAUUAAUCUUUUAAUUCGCGAAAACUAGGGUCUUUUUUUUGUUCCUCUUUCCUCGCUUGAUUUACCGCAAUUUUUUUCUGGGGGGGGUUUUACACAUUGGGAGAUGAAGAAGAUCUUCGGAGGUCCAGGAACUGUGUGUGGUCUGUUACUGAGAAUCGGACAAUGUGCUUCAGCUGCUGCUUCUAUCGGAGUUAUGGUCUCUGCGACCGACUUCUCUGGUCGCACUGCUUUCUGCUACUUGAUUGCUUCAAUGGGUCUUCAAUUGCUGUGGAGCUUUGCCCUCGCGUGUCUUGAUGUUUAUGCUCUGAGGACCAAGAAAGAUCUCCAAAACCCAAUCUUGGUUAGCUUAUUCGUUGUUGGCGAUUGGGUGACUGCAAUGUUAUCUCUUGCAGCUGCGUGUUCAUCAGCUGGAGUUGUGGUUUUAUAUGCCAAAGAUCUCAAAUAUUGCAAUGUCCAUGACCAACUUUCAUGUCUUAGGUAUGAAGUUGCUGUGGCGCUUUCUUUCGUCACUUGGGUUCAGAUCGCACUUUCUUCUCAUGUCACGUUUUGGAUCUUAGCCUCGGUUUAGUUUCCUUAAAUAAUGUCGACACCAUCUUGUACUGGCUUUGAUGAGACAUGUCAUUUUUGCUUCAAAUCAAAUCCAUCAAUGUUUCUUAAGCUUA